AUGUCCGAAUUACCCGUCCGGCCUUCCAGGAGGACGGCAGCGCGUAGGAAAGUUGUGGUCGAUUCCGAUGAGGAAGAAGAACAUGUGCAAGCUGAGAUAGGUGAGGAUAGCGAGGAGGACUUUACCCCAGCGCCAAAACGAAGCCCUCGAAAGGCACCAGCAGCCAGACGGAAGACGACCAACGUUGUGGCCAAUACCCCGAAGACUGGGGGUCGUCUAAGGAAAAGCGUAGCCAAAGAGAACAUCGAACCGUUGGAGACCUUCGACCCGGAGCAAACUGUCCAGCCGGAACCAGAAUCGCCAACCAAGAAGGCAUCACCACGAAAGCGCAAGAGCGCACCAGUGAGAGCGUCUCGAUCCUCUGCUACUCCGGAGCUGCAACCGCCGACAUUGCCAACACCAGAAGCUUCUGCCUCUCCCGAACCUUCACAGCUUCAUGGAACCCCGCUAGCAGAUAUAACAGAGACCCUCAACGAGCGGCCUGGUACAUCUGGGAGCCAGACCACUAUGGUGAAGCCAAUAAAUGCGAUGGACACGAUUUUGGAAAGACCUAUGGAUAUCGUACUAAAAUCCAGGUCAAUGGCCGCCCCGGUCGUAGAGAAUUCUGGACCAAAAGCUCGAAUCGUCAUCACAUACUUGAUCCUUACGAAUUUCAAAAGUUACGCUGGUCGCCAAGAAGUUGGUCCUUUUCACGCCUCGUUCUCUUCCGUCGUUGGACCUAAUGGUUCCGGAAAGUCGAAUGUCAUUGAUUCCCUUCUAUUCGUCUUUGGGUUUAGGGCCAGCAAGAUGAGACAGGGCAAGAUUUCGGCGCUGAUUCAUAAUUCCGCCGCCUUUCCCAAUCUUGAUCAUUGUGAGGUAGCUGUGCACUUUCAAGAAGUCAUGGAUCAACCGACUGGACCUCCAAUGAUUAUCCCGGGCUCGGAUCUUGUGAUAUCUCGUCGUGCAUUCAAGAACAACUCUAGCAAGUAUUAUAUGAAUGGCAAAGAGUCGAAUUUUACUGUAGUCACAACGUUACUCCGAGACAGAGGCGUGGAUUUGGACCACAAAAGGUUCUUGAUCCUUCAGGGUGAGGUCGAAUCGAUUGCUCAGAUGAAGCCCAAGGCUGCAAACGAGCACGAUGAUGGUCUUUUGGAAUAUUUGGAGGAUAUUAUUGGCACGUCCAAAUACAAGACGCCUAUUGAGGAGUCGGCUACUGAGGUUGAAACUCUUAAUGAAGUCUGCGUCGAGAAGAGUGGGCGUGUUCAGCACGUUGAAAAGGAGAAGAACGGCCUGGAGGACAAGAAAGAUAAAGCGCUGGCGUACAUCCGAGACGAGAACGAAUUGACGAUGAAGCAAUCGUCUCUUUACCAGCUUUAUAUCGACGAAUGCGGCGACAAUAUCAACGUGACCGAAGAGGCAAUUGCCCAGAUGCAAGCUCAACUGGACGCCGAGCUUGAGAAGCAUCAGGGCAACGAGGAUGGGAUCAAGGAGCUGGACAAGCAGUACAAGAAAGGCCAAAAGGAACUUGAUGCUAUCGAGAAAGACACUCAGGCAAUUCUCAAAGAGAUGGCAAAGUUUGACCAGGAACAUGUCAAAUUCGAGGAGAAAAGAAAAUUUCUUGCUGGGAAGCAAAAGAAAUUGGAGAAAACGAUCAGCAGCUCCGAGACUGCAGCAGCUGAUGCCCAGACCUCAAUCGAAGAAUGUACCAUUGAGAUCGAGAAAUCUGCGCAGGAAAUAACCACCAUGGAGAAGCGCAUGAAAGCUGAGGAGCAAGAGCUUGGGGUCAUCCGAGACAAUCUCAAAGGGAAGACCCAGAUAUAUUCGGACCAAAUCGCAUCGAAGCAAAAGUCCUUGGAGCCGUGGAACCAAAAAAUCAACCAAAAGCAGUCAGCAAUUGCUGUUGCUCAAAGUGAGCUUGCCAUUCUUCAUGAAAAGGCCAAUGCAGGCGCUGUGGCACUUGUAGAGACGGAAGCGAAAAUUGCUAGCAUCGAGGAGGGUCGUGAGGCCAAGUUGGCAGAGCUCGAAGAAUGCAAAUCGGAGCGGUCGAGUUUGGAAAAAGAGGCUGCUAGAGUCGGGUCCGAACUUGAAAAGCUGUCUCAGAAGGAGCCCGAGUUUCGAUCGCGUCUCUCUGGAGCCCGUCAGAAGGCAGAUGAGGCACGUGCAAGUUUGUCCAAUACACAAACCCAGGGCAAUGUGCUUACUGGCCUCAUGCGACUCAAGGAAUCCGGACGUAUCGACGGGUUCUAUGGCCGACUUGGAAACCUCGGAAUCAUUGAUCAGAAGUAUGACGUCGCUAUUUCCACAGCUUGCGGUGCUCUCGACAACUUUGUCACCGAUACUGUCGAAGGGGGCCAGCAGUGUAUUGAGUAUCUCCGGAAGACCAAUCUUGGACGCGGAAAUUUCAUGUGUCUUGAUAAGUUGGGAAGCCGAGACAUGUCGCCUAUUGAUACCCCUGAAAAUGUCCCUCGCUUAUUCGACCUCAUCAAAGCCAAAGAUGAUAAAUUCCUACCUGCUUUCUAUCAUUCGCUUCAGAAUACCUUAGUCGCCAAAGAUCUCGAUCAAGCCAACCGAAUUGCCUACGGAGCAAAGCGAUGGCGAGUAGUGACCCUCGAUGGGCAGUUGAUCGACAAGUCAGGUACCAUGUCCGGAGGAGGCAACACAGUCAAGAAGGGUCUCAUGUCCUCUAAACUUGUUGCGGAUACUUCAAAGGAGCAGGUGUCAAAGCUUGAAGUGGAUAGAGACGGAUUAGAGCAAGAAUUUCAAAAAUUUCAAGACCGCCAAAGAGAAUUAGAGACGAAGCUCCGAGACCUCAAUGAGCAGAUCCCACGUCUCGAUACAAAGAUACAGAAGAUCGGCCUUGAGGUUGAGAGUUCGGCAAGAAAUCUGGCCGACGCUCAGCGCCGCAUCAAAGAAUUGAGCAAGGAGCACCAGCCAUCCAAGACCGAUGACAGCCGAGUCGCAUCUCUCGAGAAGGAGAUAGCAAAACUUGGUAAGGAGAUCGACAAGCUGCAUGGCGAAACUUCCAGCGUUGAGCAAGAGAUCAAAGCUCUGCAAGACAAGAUCAUGGAAGUGGGUGGCGACCAGCUCCGUGCACAAAAGUCAAAGGUCGAUGCUUUGAAGGAGGAAAUCAGCAACCUUAGCGAAGCCAUCUCUGCAGCCGAGGUGACGAGAGCUAAAGCAGAGAAGCAGAAGACCAAACAGGAGAAGGAUCACGCGAAAGCCACCAAGGAGCUCGAAGCUGCGAUUUCCGACCUUGAAUCUCUGGAAGAAGACAUCCAGAACCAGAGUUCGAACGCUGAGGGGUACCAAGCCCGAGUCGACGAAGCAUCGGAAGCUCUCAAAGCCAAGAAGAAGGACCUCAAUGCCCUGAAGGCCGAGCUGGACGAGAAGACGGCAGCCCUUAACGAGAUCCGAGCCGUCGAAAUCGAAAUGAAGAACAAGCUCGAGGAGAACCAAAAAGUUCUCGGCGAGAACCAGAAGCGACUUCGUUACUGGAACGAGAAGCUGGGCAAGCUAGCUCUCCAAAACAUCAGCGACUUGGGUGAAGAGACUGAGGCUCAAGAGCUUCCGCAAUACACCAAGGACGAACUGGCAGACAUGCACAAGGACACUCUCAAGGCCGAGAUUGCCGCUCUCGAGGAGAAGACCCAGAACGUAAACGUCGAACUCGGCGUCUUAGCCGAGUACCGUCGCCGCGUCGAAGAACACGCUGCCCGCCACGCCGACCUCCAAAGCGCUGUCGCCCAGCGUGAUUCCGCCAAGAAGCGCUGUGAUGAUCUCCGCCGCCUCCGUCUCGAAGGCUUUAUGGAAGGCUUCAGCACCAUCUCGCUCCGCUUGAAGGAGAUGUACCAGAUGAUUACCAUGGGUGGAAAUGCCGAGCUCGAACUUGUCGACUCUCUGGAUCCGUUCUCUGAGGGUAUCCUGUUCAGCGUGAUGCCGCCAAAGAAGUCGUGGAAAAACAUCUCGAAUUUGUCGGGCGGGGAGAAGACGCUGAGUAGUUUGGCGUUGGUGUUCGCGCUACAUCAUUACAAGCCGACGCCAUUGUAUGUCAUGGAUGAGAUUGAUGCUGCAUUGGAUUUCAGAAACGUCUCCAUCGUUGCCAGUUACAUCAAGGAACGAACGAAGAAUGCUCAGUUCAUCGUUAUCUCUCUCCGCAACAACAUGUUCGAGCUCGCGUCUCGGCUUGUGGGGGUGUAUAAGGUCAACCACAUGACCAAGAGCGUGACGAUCGAAAACCGGGACUAUAUCAACGGCACGCCGGGCAUGACUGGUGCUGCGGCGUAG